AGUUGCAGUCGAGAGCGAGGGAAAUAAGCCGUAACUUUCGCGCGGUGAUUCGGUUUUCGUCAGAGUCGAUUAUCGUUACCGGCCACUCUGCUCCUAACUGUUUUUGAUCAAUUCAUCAUCUUCGAUCUUCGUGACUCACCAGCUCAAUCACACUCUCAGUGCUUCUGCGAUCCAAGGUUCUUUUCGUCUUUUCUCAUCACCUCACAACAUCCCAAUUUCCAGUUCAAUUCACUGAAUCCUCAACUUUUUCCGGUUCAUUUCUAGAUCGGAUUGAAUAUGAUGCCAAAUUUAUACUGAGACCAACAAAACAAGAGUUAAAUUUCAUCGAUUUUUUUAUCGGGAUCAAUGUCCACUCCGGUGCCUCCCGGGCCAGCUAGACCCGGUAAUCCUCCACCAAACCCUAAUUACAACCCCAAUCCUCAAUCCUUAUCUGAUAACAUGCAAAAUUUGAAUCUGAAUCGCCCGCCGCCGCCGUCGAUGCCUAUGAAUCCCCCUAGACCUUCAACGACGCCGUUUACGGCGCCAUUUUCUAGGCCCGGCCCUCCUCCUCCUCCGGUACGACCUGGACCGCCUUCAUUUCCUCCCGGCCCGCCUGUCGGUCAAAGUCAACCUCCUCCACUUGGCUACAGACCUCCUCAUCCUCCUCCUGCCGGUAAUUUCCCGCCGAACCGCCAAAUGGCACCGCCUCCGCCGCCGCCAGGUGGCCGUCCCGGCGGCAUGGCGCCUCCUCCGAUGAGUACCGGUCCGGUUGGGCCUCCUCCACUAGGUUCUGUGAUGAAUAAUGGUCCCCGGAAUUUUCCGCAGGGAGGUUUGCCACGGUUUCCUCCUCCGGCUGGGAUUGCAUCACAACCGCCUCCGCCGCCGCCUCUGGGAGCUCCAACAGGAAUGGCAGCACCUCGGGCGCCACCGCAGCCGCAAACAAUGCAUGCUCUUUUGGGAGGUUCACCUCCUAGUGCUGCUAGUCCUAGUCCUCCGGUGCAACUCCAGCAGCGGUCACCGUUUGCAGGAACACCCCAACCUCCUCCAGUUUCGCAACCUUGGUCAAUGCAGCCCAAUCAAGGGCCUCCGCCUCCGCCGAUUUCCCAAUCUCAGCAAGCACCUGGAAUGUUUGGAGUGCCACCACCCUUGCCAAAUCAGUCUAUGACUGCCAUAUCGCAUGCUGUGGGUCAAACUGGAGCCCCAGUGGCAGGUCCGUCAAAGAUUGAUCCUAAUCAAAUUCCCCGACCCGCUCCAGAUUCCUCUGUGGUUCUGCAUGAAACUUGGCAAGGCAAUCAGGCCAACCCUCCUCCGCCUGCUACAAGCGAUUACAUUGUCAGAGACACUGGAAACUGCAGUCCACGUAAUAUGAGGUGCACUAUCAAUCAGAUACCAUGCACCUCUGAUCUCUUGACAACAUCAGGGAUGCAGUUGGCUCUGUUGGUCCAACCCUUGGCCCUUCCUCAUCCUUCUGAAGAGCCCGUACAAGUUGUUGAUUUAGGUGAAAGUGGUCCUCUUCGUUGUUCACGUUGCAAAGGCUAUGUUAAUCCUUUCAUGAAGUUCAUUGAUCAGGGAAGGCAGUUCAUCUGCAACUUGUGUGGGUUCACUGAUGAGACUCCCCGUGACUACCACUGCAAUCUUGGUCCAGAUGGUAGGCGUAGAGAUGCUGAUGAUAGACCUGAACUUUGUAGAGGAAUGGUGGAAUUUGUUGCUCCAAAAGAAUACAUGGUGCGCGAUCCAAUGCUGGCUGUGUAUUUCUUCCUUGUUGAUGUAUCCAUGAACGCCAUACAAACUGGAGCAACUGCCGCUGCAUGCACUGCAAUUAGUCAAGUUAUUUCAGAUCUUCCUGAAGGUCCUCGGACAAAGGUGGGAAUUGCAACAUUUGACUGUACAAUUCACUUUUAUAAUUUGAAACGUGCAUUACAACAGCCAUUGAUGCUCAUUGUUCCUGAUAUACAAGAUGUUUAUACUCCUCUGGAGACUGAUGUAAUUGUUCAGCUUUCUGAGUGCCGUCAGCAUUUAGAUCUCCUACUUGAUAGCAUCCCUACCAUGUUUCAAACGAACAAAACAGCUGACUCAGCCUUCGGGGCUGCAGUCAAGGCUGCAUUCUUGGCAAUGAAAAGUAAUGGAGGAAAACUUUUGGUAUUUCAGUCAGUAUUGCCAUCUAUUGGGACUGGAGCCCUUUCUGCUAGAGAGGCUGAAGGAAGAACUAAUACUUCUACUGGUGAGAAGGAGGCCCAUAAAUUACUUCAACCAGCCGAUAAGACAUUAGAAUCAAUGGCAAUGGAACUUGCUGAGUAUCAGGUUUGUGUAGAUAUUUUUAUCACCACACAGACUUACAUGGACAUAGCUUCGAUCUCUGUCAUCCCAAGAAUUACUGGCGGACAGAUCUAUUAUUAUUACCCUUUCUCUGCUGUUACCGACCCUGCAAAGAUCUACAAUGAUCUUAGAUGGAAUAUCACAAGGCCUUUAGGUUUUGAAGCAGUGAUGCGUGUGCGAUGCAGCCAGGGUCUCCAAGUUAACGAGUAUCACGGGAACUUCUGCAAGCGCAUUCCUACGGACGUUGACCUACCGGGGAUUGACUCCGAUAAAACAAUUAUGGUAACCAUAAAACAUGAUGACAAAUUGCAGGACGGCUCAGAAUGUGUGUUUCAGUGUGCGCUUCUGUACACUACUAUGUACGGCCAAAGAAGGAUUCGAGUGUUAACUCUUGCCCUACCAUGCACAAGUAUGCUUAAUAAUCUUUUCCGCACAGCUGAUUUGGAUACUCAGUUUGCUUGUAUCUUGAAGCAAGCGGCUAAUGAAAUCCCUUCUACCCCACUCCUGCAAGUCCGUGAACGAUUGACUGACCGUUGCAUCAACGUUCUCUGUUCUUAUCGUAAAUUUUGUGCUACAGUGACAUCAAGUGGACAGCUUAUUCUUCCAGAAACGCUGAAGCUUCUACCUCUAUACAUCCUUGCUUUAACAAAAAGUACAGGAUUGCGAUCUUCUGGAAAAAUUGAUGACCGAUCUUUUUGGAUCAAUUAUGUGUCCUCUAUUUCCACUGCUUUAGCAAUAGCACUUGUUUAUCCACGGAUGCUGGCAAUCCACAACCUCAAUUGUAAGGAUGAUGCAUCUCUCUGUCCUCCUGCAAUUCCACUUUCUAGUGAGCAUAUCAGUGAUGAGGGAAUUUAUCUUCUCGAGAACGGAGAGGAUUGCCUAAUUUAUGUAGGGAACUCUGUUGAUACAGAUAUCUUGAACAAGCUGUUUGGAAUUUCAUCAGUUGAUGAAAUUCCUAAUCAGUUUGUCUUGCAGCAGCAUGACAAUCCAUUGUCAAAGAAACUAAAUGAUCUGAUAAAUGAGAUACGACGCCAAAGAUGUUCCUACCUCCGCUUGAAGUUAUGCAAGAAGGGAGAUCCGUCAGGGAUGCUUUUCUUCUCCUAUAUCGUCGAAGACAAGAGCUUGAAUGGCCUCUCAUAUGUUGAGUUCCUGAUACAUAUCCAUCGGCAAAUUCAAAUGAAAAUGUGAUCACUUAGCUUCUUCAGUUUUGUUGCGAGUUUUGAUUGAUACGCUCCUGCUUGGGCCAUCGGAGAAGUUCAGCUCCUUGCUGCUCAGAUGAACACCUUGCCCUCCGCUAAUUAAUCACUAGUGCAGUGAAAAAGUGCAGCUGAGUUAUUUACCAAAGAAAGCCGAAAAAUUUUGGUGUGAGGAUUUUGCUUGGUUUGAUCACUAGAUUUUAGUAAAUGUGGACAAAUACAAGGAUUCAUAUCCUAGCCUCUACUAAAAAUGCUGGCAUUUUGUACAACCUAUUUCACCUCCUGCCUCAUUAUUUUUCUUUUCUAUGUCCUUUGUAUUGCAUUAUAGUUAUUGUUCAUCUUGUAUAGGCCACAAUCAAACACCUCCAGUCUUCACAAACAUCACAAUGGUUAUUGAAAUAAGCUUUCAGUGGCCAAGUUUGAUGGCUUUUUCUCA